AUGCACUCGCGUCGACCCGAGACUUUGAAGAUUGACAUCGCUAAGUAUAGGGGAGUCGAAGAGGACUCCCUCUUGAGAUGGUUUGUCGAAUUGUAUGACGCCAUAACGGUGCGUCGCAUCGAAGAUGGGGAGAUGCAAGUUGCAUUUUCCCAAUCAAAUCUGGCAGGACGUGCCAAGACUUGGGCACUGGGGCUCAAGCUGCACGACCCAUACGCGUUUGGGUCGUUGGAAGUCUUCAAGUCGCGGCUCAGACAAACGUUUGAACCGCCUAGAGCUGAGUUCAGAGCUCGAACCGAACUCUUGAAGCUCAAGCAGGGUAAGCGUGAUGUGCACGCUUACGCUCAACAUAUACGACAUCUCACGAGUUGUAUAAGUUCCAAUCCGGUGGAUGAACACACGUUGGUUUCGGUGUUCAUGCAGGGUCUUGCGGAUGGUCCCGUCAAGACUCACCUGUUCCGGCUUGAACUAGAUUCACUAGAACAAGCCAUUUCCAUUGCGGAACAGGAAGACUUCAGUCUGAGACAGGCUCGCGCCAGCUCGACAUCGUAUCGUCAACCGAGACGAUGUGACAGCGGAGGUCCAGAGCCGAUGGAACUCUAUUAUGUAUAG